AUGGCAUUCGGCUUAAGAUUGGCGCCCCGUCGCAUAACACGGCGAAAGAAAAAGCAAAAAGCCCCUCCACUAGAAAGCGACGACGCGGAUCCUGAAGAGCCCGUCGAACAGCAACUGGAGAAGAGCAGCCCCUCUGCCACUGGCACGAGCUCCGUCUUCAAGAAAAUUAUCCAAGAAGCCUCUGCCCCAAGCGGCGGAGCUCCUGGAAAAGACAUGGCGUCUGGUGCUCCGGCUCAGUCGACCAUAACGCGGCCGAAGAAGCCGCUUCAGGUGGAUAAAUCCCCUGUAGCUAUCAAGGCUGAACAGCCUACUGAGGAGAGCGUCUUUGACAUCCCCGAACGCGUGGACGUGGGUAAGGUCCCGUUGGGAGUAGACCCUCGGCGUCCUUUGAAGGGAUGUGAGGAUUGUUUCGACCAGGCGCUCUCCUUGGAAGCGCGGGUUGGAAAAAUCAACAUCAUCUUGGGCCACUUAGAUGGCUUCAAGAUAGACUGGCAGGAAAAAGGGUCUCCUGCCUGUGAUGUGUGCGGCAAAUCGCACCCCCCACCCUGCUGGGAGUCAGAGCAGGGGAAAGCAGUCAAGACCUUCCGAACGAAGGCACAGAAAGUCCUGGCAUACCAGGCAAAGCACGCCAAAGACCCGGCGAAGCCUGGAAAGGCUGAGGGCGAGAAGAAUGAAGGCCCGGUGAAGCCUGGAAAGGCCAAGGGCAAGAAGAACAAAUCGCGCCGGUUUCCCUGCGAGAACUGCGCGAGAUACCACCAGGGUGGCGCAGCGGAGUGCAAUGCACCCGUUUGCAGGAAGGAGGGUUGUGGCCUUGGUCACUUCCCUCAAGAAGGCUGCUGGGAAGCUCGAGACCGCUUCAUCAAAGCGGGUCUCGUGUCUAAAGGCGAGGAAGAAGAACCGGCCAGAAAGGCCACCAAGAAGCCGGCGCCAAGCGCCGCUCCUGAUGAGAAAGACACCGAGAAAUACGGCGCAUUAUUUGGCUACUUCAAGAGAGAGGAGAUAGGGUCCGUCGCUGCUCUCAUGAAGCAGGAGAAAUACGGCAUAUUAUUUGACCACCUCGAGCCAGAGCAUAUGGGGUCCCUCGCUGCUAUCAUAAAGGUGAACAGGAAGAGGCAGGCUGAAGAGCAGUCUGGACCGCCCCCCAAAAGGCCAAAGAGUCCGUGGUCCCGCCCGUCCGUCAAAAGGACGACAAGAAGAAAGCCAGCGGGCAAGAAACCAGCGUCUUCGGGCGUAGGUGAACUUUGA